UGAGGUGGGGGGCGGGUUUACUUACUUCUCUGGCCUGGCCUCCGACUUCAGUACAUACUGCCCUUGUUUGCUGUAAACAUGGCGUUGGUAGCUUUCAAACGUUGUCUUUCUCCUCUGGUUCUCUUCGGCAGAAGGCUGUCCGCACCCGAAUUACUGUUCCCGUGCUCAUAUCACAAAAAGGUGGUGGACCACUAUGAGAACCCCAGGAAUGUAGGCUCUCUGGACAAGACAUCCAAGAACGUGGGAACAGGCCUGGUGGGUGCCCCAGCCUGUGGGGAUGUAAUGAAGCUGCAGAUCGAAGUCGACGAGCAGGGGAAGAUUGUGGAAGCCAGGUUCAAGACCUUUGGCUGCGGCUCGGCAAUCGCUUCCAGCUCCCUGGUAACAGAGUGGGUCAAAGGCAAAUCGAUUGACGAAGCGCAGAAGAUCAAAAACACUGAAAUCGCUAAAGAACUAUGCCUUCCACCUGUCAAGCUUCACUGCUCCAUGCUGGCGGAGGACGCUAUAAAAGCAGCCCUGGCGGAUUACAGGCUGAAGCAGCAGGACCAGGACGGGGAGACGGCGAAAGCCAGCAACUGAGGGGUUCCUGACCCAGAAACCCAAGUCUCCCAUAUCCCAUUCCUCCAUCUUCCUGAGUAGCGCAGUCGUCACUGGGCCAGUAUAUAACACUGGCCAUCCCUCCGCCCUGCUCUCCUCGUCGAGUCCGGUCAACCCACAAUCUAACGCCGCUUCUGUGGGAACAUUGCUGUGAAGUUAAGCCUUAUCACUCUCAGUUAAUAUUAACCGGGUGACUCUGUUGUUCUGGGUUUUAUAUAUAUAUAUAUAUAUAUAUAUAUAAACAUUAAUUCUGUAAUUUCUGGAGUUUGGUUCAUGAAUAUUGAAGUGCUUGUUAAGAGCGAUGCCUAAUUAAGCCGAUGUGUGGGGUGCAUGAUGAGCAUCUUUUGACAGCUGUGGUCAUAGGAUAUUGGUUAUUCACAUUACUACAGUUCAGGCAAUGGAUAAAAGCAGCCAUUUGUCAAAAAUUGUAAAUGUUGUUUAUUUGCAUUGUAAAUUUUAUUUUGGCAUUUCACUUCUGGGGCUGGCUAACUGGAUGUGAUCCGCUCAUGUACAGGAGAGAGUGUUUAAAGCAGACAGAUUUCAUAAAAAAUCUGAUUUACAAUUGAGGUUACAAAAAGCAUUCAUUCUAGCAGAACGGAAACCGCGUGGUUUACCACAUUCAUGACGCUGUAUUGCCAUCUCAGACCUAGAUGUGGUCAAUGUGUUGCUUAGUGACAUCCAAAAAAAAAUCCUUGAAAAUGCAUACAAGAAAUAAAUAAAAAAUCUAUAACCAAAAA